UUGUUUUCACUGCUCUUACUGUCUUACAAGUAUAAUCACGCUAAUCCAUCAGCGGAGAGAAAAUUCAAUUUAUUGUUUCUUUUUAGUGUCUUCUUUUCUAUGAUAUAUCUUUGGAUUAAUUGAUGCUUGCAAUUCAAUCAAUCAUUACGCAGUCACACCGUUCCCAUAUUCGUUGUUUAACCAAUGUCAACUCGAAGGGAAAGCUCAGAGAAUGGAGCUACAAGGAAACGCUUGAAACCUGAGGGGGAAGAAGAGGGGAAAGCUGAAGCAGAUUCAGUACGUACUGUACAAGAGGAAGAAAUGGAGGCCAACAUUACUGGAUCUGAGGAAAUGGAACUGAAUAUCUCUCUUAUUCUUGAGAAAAUUGAGAAUUUUACUCAAAGGGUAUCUGAGCUCUUGGAAUCAGGGAAAACAAUGUUUAAGGAAUUAAGCAAUGAAUUUGAGGAGAAACUGAUUAUGAUUCAUAAGGAGCAAGUGGAGAAAUGGCAGGAAGAAAUUAAAGAAUUGCGUGCAAUUGAUGCCUCGAAUGAGGAAGCUAAUGCUGUUCUGCAUAAUGCUCGAUAUCUACUUCAGCUCAAUCAGAAUGAUUAGUGAAGGUUUUCGUAUAUCUCCUGUUUAAGUGGAAACUGUGAAGUUCGUCAUCUGUAUUUUCUUUUAUCUGGAACCAAUUGGUGCAUCAUUAUAAAUACUCUUUUUAUUAAAUAUAUAGAUGGUUAAAUGACAAGUGUGGUCUGAUAGCCAAAAUGCCGUAUCAAUUCAGUGUUGCUCUGCUUGGGAGCAAGUGUAAGAGGGAAAAAAAAGAAUGUUCUUGGGCUACUAUUGACAGUUUAGAACUAAAUUUCGCAAACAAGUAGCUCUCCUAUACUUCAUUGACUUAUCUCAGUGAAAAUGCGGCGAUGAAGUGGGUAUCUCAUGCCUUUGCAACUUUCCCCUUUAUUCCUGUUUGAAACACCAAAAGCCAUUGUUUAUAGAUUGCUUCUAUAGAAUUUUAUCUUUUACUUUUCGGUA